AUGCAUUCCAGAGUCUCCUUACGUCCAUCCUUCUGGUUCGAUAUCCACGGUGUCCCACGCAAUCACACUGGUCUUGGUGACAUCCACGUCGGAGAUGUGAUCCAGUGUGCCGUAUUUUUCUUCUUUUAUAUGCUGUACCCUCGUGAUGGUCUACAGCCUUAUCGUGGCGCGGGGGUGACUCUGGGUGUCGAACUGCAAAGUACAGCGGAGGUUUAUCCUCCAGCAGUGUCUCCCAAGCUGAAAAGGAGUUCGACGUUUCCGGUUUCCCGGAUGCCCAGCUAA